AUGGCGAUGUUCACUGACGUGAAGAUAAAAUCCAGCUUGGUGGCAGCAACUUUAAGUCCCAAGUAUGGAGCAAACAAACGGAGCCCACGUCGCCCAACAACAAUCCCCGGCGCUCUGGGACAAGUCGAGCCCGCAUGGUGUUAUGCAGAUUCCAGGGCCAGAGGGAUUUAUCCGGAGGGCCGGGGCUGGGGCUGGGGGAGCGGCUCUCCUGGCCUUUGUGCACGCCCCCUUUUAAUCAACGAGCGGGGCCGAGAGAGACAGACAAGAGGAAGGCAGCAGCAUCCCAGGCUCAGUCCCCCCCACAGCUCCUCCAUCUGCACCGCGGAGCUGGACGGACCGGCCAGAAUGUGGAGAGCACCGCUACUCAAACUCCUCCUCGUCUUCUUCGUGUGCUGUGUUCUCUGGUGCCACUCUGAGGGAUGUGAACUGGGGCAGUUCCGCUGUGGGACAGGCCGAUGUAUCCCAGGUGAUUGGCACUGUGAUGGGACAUCAGACUGUGUGGACGACUCUGAUGAACGAGACUGUCCUCAGGUAACAUGUGCUGACAUUCACUUCCAGUGCUUGAGUGAUGGUGAUUGUAUCCCUGAUCAGUGGGUGUGUGAUGAUGAGGAAGACUGUGAGGAUGGUUCCGAUGAGAGGCAUAACUGUCCUGUAACGACAUGUAUCAGUGGCCAGUUCAACUGCAGUAACGGGGCAUGCAUCCCAGGAGAAUACCGAUGUGACAGACUGGCGGACUGCUCAGAUGGCUCUGAUGAGAGAAACUGCCAUUACCCCGAGUGUACACAAUUGAGAUGUGCUAAUGGGGCCUGCUACAACCGGACUCAGCGAUGUGACCAGACACUUGACUGCCGUGAUGGUUCUGAUGAGGCAAACUGCACACAGCAAUGCAACACGGGCCGGUUUCCGUGUCAUAACGGAGAGUGUGUUCCUCAACGUUACGUAUGUGACCACGAUGACGAUUGUGGAGACAGAAGUGAUGAGCAAAAUUGCACAUAUCCUACCUGUAAGGGCAACUACUUCACCUGCCCAAGUGGCCGCUGUAUCCAUCAAGUCUGGCUUUGUGAUGGAGAGGAUGAUUGUGAAGACAAUGCUGAUGAAAAAGGCUGCGAUAAUGUGUCGAGAGAGUGUUACCCAGAAGAAUGGCCCUGUCCAUCCUCUGGCCUGUGUAUACCCAUGGAUCAGCUGUGUGAUGGGACACCUCAGUGUCCCGAUGGAGAGGAUGAGACAAACAGCACUGCUGGCCGCAACUGCAGUAUCUGGAGAUGUGCCACUCUAAGCUGCGAGUAUCGUUGUCAUGCUUCUCCUGAAGGAGGAACCUGUUCAUGUCCUUCUAGCUACAUUGUCAACAGCAACAAUAGUCGCUCAUGUAUAGACUUUGACGACUGUUCGAUGUGGGGUGUGUGUGACCAGCUGUGUGAGGACCGUGUUGGCUCCUAUCGUUGCAGCUGUCGUGAGGGCUACACCCUGGAGCAGCACAGACAUUGCAGGGCUGACAUCUCAACUGGAGUCCCUUCUUUGAUAUUUUCGGAUGGCAGAGACCUGUUAAUAGGUGACAUCCAUGGCAACAAUCUGCGCACUUUGGUUCAUUCACAGAACAGAGGGGUUGCAAUGGGAGUGGACUUCCACUACAGUCUGCAAAAGAUUUUCUGGACUGAUACCAUUCAGAAUAAGUGGCACUGUGUCAAUGAAUGCACAGACCCAUCCAUCCAUCACUGCGACCAAAAUUGCACUGACACGCCGACCAGCUUCAUCUGCACCUGUCGUCCGGGCUACCACCUCAUGUCCGAUGGCAAAACGUGUGAUGAUGUUAACGAGUGUGAAGAGACACCGAGUGUGUGCAGCCAGGUCUGCGAGAACACCGUCGGUUCAUACGUGUGUAAAUGCGCCCCAGGAUACCUGCGAGAGCCCGACGGCCACAGCUGCCGCCAGAACAGCAAUAUCUCACCUUACCUCAUCUUCAGCAACCGCUAUUACCUGAGGAACCUGUCUACAGAUGGACAGGCCUACUCUCUGAUCCUGCAGGGCUUGACCGGUGUGGUGGCGUUGGACUUUGAUCGAGUCGACAAGCGCCUCUAUUGGAUUGACGUGAGCCGCAGAAUCGUAGAGAGGAUGUUCUUCAACGGCAGCAACAGAGAGGUGGUGGUCAAUGGAGUUCUACAUGGCGAGGGCCUUGCGGUCGACUGGGUAGCAAGGAAACUCUACUGGGUGGACGGCUUCUUGGAUUGUCUCAAAGUGUCAGAACUAGAUGGUCGAUUUGUAAAGAAACUGGCUGAACACUGUGUCGAUGCCAAUAAUACCUACUGCUUUGAAAACCCCAGAGGCAUUGUGUUGCAUCCAAAAUAUGGAUACGUGUUCUGGACAGACUGGGGAAACAAAGCCUUUAUUGGCCGUGUUGGAAUGGAUGGACUCAACAAAGCAGCCAUCAUUACCACCAAGAUCGAGUGGCCAAACGGCAUCACGAUCGACUACACAAACGACAUGCUCUACUGGUCUGAUGCUCAUCUCAAUUACAUCGAGUUCUCUGACUUGGAUGGUAAACACAGACACACAGUGUACGAUGGUAAUUUGCCUCAUCCAUUCGCCCUGACUGUAUUCGAGGACACUGUCUACUGGACGGACUGGAACUUGCGUACUGUGGAGAAAGGCAACAAGUACGACGGCUCGGGUCGUGAGGCCCUGGUGAACACCACACACAGGCCGUUUGACAUUCACGUUUGCCAUCCUUACAGACAGCCGAUCGUCAACAAUCCCUGUGCAGUGAACAAUGGUGGCUGCUCUCACCUGUGCCUGAUUCGUCAUGGAGGGCGAGAACACACUUGCGAAUGCCCCGAUCAUUUCGUGACCAUCCAAAUUGGCGACCUGACCCAAUGCCUUCCCAUGUGCACCAGCACCCAGUACAGAUGUGCUAACAACGAACGUUGUAUUCCUAUCUGGUGGAAGUGUGAUGGUCAGAGGGACUGCAGAGACGGCUCUGAUGAGCCCUCUACCUGCCCAGCUCGCCACUGCCGGCUCGGACAGUUUCAGUGCAACGAUGGAAACUGCACAAGUCCUCACUUCCUCUGCAACAACAACCAGGACUGUCAUGAUGGCUCAGAUGAAGACCCUGUACUGUGUGCUACGCACCAGUGUGAAACCCACCAGUGGCAAUGUGCAAAUAAGCAGUGUAUCCCAGAGUCGUGGCAGUGUGACGGAGAGGAUGACUGUGGUGAUCAAUCGGACGAGGACCCCACCCACUGCUCCACAAGGACCUGUCGCCCCGGACAGUUCAAGUGCCGUAACGGACGCUGUAUCCCUCAGAGCUGGAAAUGUGAUGUCGAUAACGACUGUGGUGACAACUCUGAUGAACCAUUAGAGGAGUGCAUGGGUCCGACAUAUCGAUGUGACAACCACACAGAGUUUAACUGCGUGACCAACUACCGCUGUGUGCCCAUGUGGUCCGUCUGCAACGGCUACAACGACUGCAGAGACAACAGCGAUGAGCAUGGCUGUGAUGAAGUGACCUGUGAUCCUAACGGAGACUUCCGCUGUGACAACAACCGCUGCAUCCCACUGAGAUGGAAGUGUGAUGGGGAUGACGACUGCGGGGACAAUUCAGAUGAACAGAGCUGCACUCCGCGCGUGUGCACAGAGAGUGAGUUUCGUUGUGAUAAUCUGCGCUGCAUUCCCGACCGUUGGGUCUGUGACCAUGACAACGACUGUGAGGACAACUCAGAUGAAAGGGACUGUGAGCUGCGAGAUUGUCAUCCCGGCUACUUCCAGUGUGGUAGCGGACACUGUAUCGCUGAGCGUUUUAAAUGUGAUGGAAACGCAGACUGUCUGGACUAUACGGAUGAGACGUCAUGUCCGACACGCUUUCCCGAUGGCACAUACUGCCCCUCAUUCCUGUUUGAGUGCAAGAACCAUGUGUGUGUCCAGCCUCAGUGGAAAUGUGAUGGAGACAACGACUGUGGAGACAAUUCAGAUGAGGAGCUACACCUCUGCUUGGACAUCCAGUGUGAGACUCCGUUCCGUUUCCGCUGCGAAAACAACCGUUGCAUCUACAGCCACGAGCUGUGCAACUCUGUUGAUGACUGUGGUGACGGCUCCGAUGAGAGACAAGAAAAUUGCCAAAGCCCCACUCAUGGCCCCUGUACAGAUGAUGAGUACAAAUGCAGUAAUGGACAAUGCAUCCCUCUGCAGUAUGCCUGUGAUGAUUAUGAUGACUGUGGAGACCAGUCAGAUGAGCUCGGCUGCCACCAUGGCAGUGGGCACAUGUGCAGUGACAAUAUCUGUGAACACAACUGUACUGACCUGACGGAAGGAGGCCUCCUCUGCUCCUGUAGGUCCGGCUACAAGCCCAGAGAGACAGAGAAACACAUGUGUGAAGAUGUGAACGAGUGUGAAGUGUACGGGACGUGCCCUCAGGACUGUAAGAACACAAAGGGCAGUUACGAGUGCUUUUGUGCUGAAGGCUUUCGCUCGUUUGGGGAGCCACACGGGACAGAGUGUGCUGCCCAGGGAAACCCACCAGUGCUGCUCCUGCCAGACAAUGUUCGCAUCCGUCGUUUCAACCUGACGUCUGAGGAGUAUUCAGACUAUGUGGACAAUGCGGAGCACAUCCAGGCCUUGGAUUAUCUGUGGGACCCAGAGGGACAAAGCCUCAGUGUUGUGUACUGGACAGUUCUGGGUCAAGGCUCUCAGUUUGGCUCCAUCAAACGUGCCUACAUGACCACGUUCAACGAUCACGGUAACAACCCAGUGAAAGAGCAGGAUCUGAACCUGAGAUACAUCGCUAAUCCUGACGGCAUUGCUGUGGACUGGGUUGGAGGGCACAUAUAUUGGACAGAUUCUGGUACCAAUAGGAUUGAAGUGGCCAAACUGGACGGGCGGUACAGGAAGUGGUUGAUCCACACUGACCUCGACCAGCCUGCUGCUAUUGUUGUCAAUCCAUCACUCGGAAUGAUGUACUGGACAGACUGGGGCAGGAAACCCAGAAUAGAAUCAGCGUGGAUGGACGGUCAGAACAGAGUGGUGCUGGUGAGAGAGGAGGACCUGGGCUGGCCUACUGGGCUGACUCUGGACUAUCUGAAUGGAAACAGGAUUUACUGGUGCGACUCAAAAGAAAACAUCAUCGAGUCCAUGAAUCCUGAUGGCACAGACAGAAACAUCAUCAUAUCGGGAGAUAUUGGACAUCCCUACAGUCUGGACGUCUUCGAAGGUCACGUGUACUGGACGACAAAGGAGAAAGGUGAAGUGUGGAGGACAAACAAGUUUGGAAAAGGAAAUAAAGUCAAAGUUCUAACCAUCAACCCGUGGCUGACUCAAGUCCGAAUUUACCAGGAGCACCGACACAACCGCUCAGUGCUGAACCCUUGUAAGAACGUGUGCAGCCACCUCUGUCUCCUCCGGCCUGGCGGUUACACCUGCGCCUGCCCGCAAGGCUCCUCUCAGGUGGAGUUUGACUCCAACGAAUGUGAUGCAGCCAUUGAGCCUCCUGUUCCAAUGCCCCUUGCAUGUAGAUGCAUGAAUGGUGGAACCUGCUACACUGAUGAAAGUGGUCUGCCCAAGUGCAAAUGUCCAUAUGGUUAUUUGGGCAGCUACUGUGAGAUGGGGAAGUCACAAGGAGCUCCAGCAGGAACAGCUGUGGCUGUUUUACUGGCUGUCAUUGUCAUCCUGAUCACCGGAGUGUUAGUUGUCGGAGUUUUCCUCAACUACAAGCGAACAGGAUCCUUCAUCCCCUCCAUGCCCAAACUACCCAGCAUCAGUAGCCUGGUGAAGUCCAGUGACACUGGGAACGGGGUGACAUUUCGCUCAGGUGAUAACGUCGACCUCGAACCAUCACACAUUGGAGUGUCAUUCAUUGACACGGCCAUGCAGAGGGAUGAUAACAUUGCAAUGGACACUAGGGGGCAGCCAAUCACAUUUGAGAACCCUUUAUACAGCAACGCACCUGGAAGUUCUGCUGAUCCUGCUGUCAUUCAUCCAACACAGGUGACUGUGAAUGUGAGCGGUGAACAGCUGCAGAACAACUUUGUGAACCCGGUGUUUCACGGCGAUCAGAGCGCGGGCGUCAUGAACACGUCUUCAGUCAGCGCCAAACCUGUUCAGGAGUCAAAGUGGAGCUUGUUCAAACGGAAAUUAAUGCCAAGCGCCACGUUUGAAAACCCUUCGUAUUCAGAGAUGAAGGAUGAAAAGCCUGUAAGCAGCAGGGGGGACUCCACCUUUUCGCCAGCCGAGGACACUUUCAAAGACACAGCCAACCUUGUCAAAGAGGACAGCGACGUAUAACCCCGUCUCUCACAGACGGGACAAAAAAGAAACACACUUUGCACAGAAUUUAUUUUUUUAUGCAGCCUGUGUACAAAAUUCAAAUUGUCUUAGAAAAGAGAGGUACAUUUCUUCAAAAAGUCUUGUGACUAUGCCUUCUGCCAUUUCUUAUGCCAAUUCUUGUGUUAAUGUUCUUUUCUUUAUUCUGAUGUACAAUAUGUAUAUCUUUGCACUGACGCUGCUGAUAGAAAUGUUAAUAAAUAUGUUGUAUAUUUGUAAAUUUGAACAGUAAGAUUUGGUCAGAAAAUAUCUUUGAAAUAGAUCCCACGAAUAGAUCAAUGUAAACACAAUAACACGUAUGAAAGCAUUCUGAAUGUACAGAAUUUAUAUGAUCGAAGGUUAUUAGUAUCGGAUAAUGACAUUUUUGCCACUGAACAAAACUGAAGAUGGAUUUGUUCAUCUGUCACGUUUAUAUACCUCAUUUCAGGGCUGAAGAAUUCAAGCAAACUCAUGUGGAUUUUAACUCAUGAGCUAAAACACACAUGUGAAACAUACUUAACGUUUUUAAUCUCUACCUACAUUCCCUGAAUUUGUGACUUUGAAUCAACGUGAUCAUUUUGUUUUUAUCUCUAGUAAUGAUAUUGGAAUAGUGGCCAAAAUAGUUUGGGACAAUACUUGAACACGCCCCAUGUAUGUUGCAUGGAAAUUAAUUUAUGUAGUCGAUGAUCUGGAAGAGCGACGCAUGACCUGAGGAUGUAGAUUUUAUAAACACGGUGAAUGAAUCCUUUGCAGAAUGAUCUGUUUUGUAUCUUAAUGAGGACCAAUUAAAACUGUACCUGUGAUCAUGGAGAAAUGUGUGGUUUAAAUACUGCUGCAGAGACGUGAAUGAAUAAAUUUGCUAUUUUGUAA